AUGACCUUCGCUACCCCCACCAACUUGGUCCCCGCCCAGGAGUCCGCGCCCGCCCCCGAGGUCGCCUCCUUCAACGUCAAGGCCGGUCUCGCCCAGAUGCUCAAGGGAGGAGUCAUCAUGGAUGUCAUCAACGUCGAGCAGGCUCUUAUUGCCGAGGCUGCUGGUGCCUGCGCCGUCAUGGCCUUGGAGCGCGUCCCCGCCGAUAUCCGCAAGAACGGUGGUGUUGCCCGUAUGUCUGACCCCAGAAUGAUCCGCGAGAUCAUUGCGGCCGUCUCCAUCCCCGUCAUGGCCAAGGUCCGCAUCGGACACAUGGUCGAGGCUCAGAUCAUCGAGUCCCUCGGAGUUGAUUACAUUGACGAGUCCGAGGUCUUGACCCCUGCCGACGAGUCCAACCACAUCAACAAGCACGACUACAAGGUCCCCUUCGUCUGCGGCUGCAAGAACCUCGGUGAGGCUCUCCGUCGCAUCAACGAGGGUGCUGCCAUGAUCCGCACCAAGGGUGAGGCCGGUACCGGUAACGUUGUCGAGGCCGUCCGCCACUGCCGCACUGUCAAGGCCGAGAUCCGCAAGGCCCAGUUGAUGGACGAAUCUGAGCUCUUCACCUUCGCUAAGGAGAUCCAGGCCCCUUACCACUUGCUCAAGGAGACCGCCAAGCUCGGACGCUUGCCCGUCGUCAACUUCGCUGCUGGUGGUGUUGCCACCCCUGCCGAUGCUGCUUUGAUGAUGCAGCUCGGAUGCGACGGUGUCUUUGUCGGUUCCGGUAUCUUCAAGUCUGGUGACCCCGCCAAGCGUGCUCGUGCUAUUGUCCAGGCUGUUACCCACUACAAGGACCCCAAGGUUCUUGCCGAGGUCUCUGAGGAUCUUGGUGAGGCUAUGGUCGGUAUCAACAUCUCUGAGAUCCCCCAGGACCAGCUCUACGCCAGCCGUGGCUGGUAA